UUUUAAUGAACGUGUUUAUGCAUAAUCAGUUUACCAUUUGUUCGUUAAGCCUAAGUAAGUGAUUAAGUCAAGUACUCAAGUGCGUAGACUGGGUAGAAAAAUAUGGAUAAUAAAACAAGCGAGGCAGUUCCUAGUAAAUAUCGCCGGUAUUUCCAUACAGAAAAUGUUCAUACCAAAACCUUCACUCCAAGAGAGUACCAGGUGGAGCUUCUUGAUGCAGCUCGUCAAAGAAAUACGAUUGCCUGUUUGGGAACAGGAACAGGAAAAACAUUCAUAGCAGUCAUGUUGAUUAAGGAACUUGCUCAUGAAGUGAGGAAACCAUACGAUGAGGAUGGGAAAAGGACAUUUUUCGUGGUGCCUACAGUGCCAUUAGUGUUACAACAGAAAGAAAGGAUACAAGAUUACACAGACCUUGCUAUUGGUUUCUUUUUUGGUGAUAUGAAAGUGGAUUUGUGGUGUGCAGAAGACUGGAAAAGCAAUUUUCAAAAAUAUAACGUGUUAGUGAUGACUCCAGAUAUUUUGAAAACCAUCUUACUUCACGGCUUUUUGCCACUGUCAAAAAUAAACCUGCUUAUUAUUGACGAAUGUCAUAGAGCAGUAAAAAAUCAUUCUUAUCGAGAAAUCAUGCUGUGUUUUGAUACCUGUCCUCAGAAAAACCAGCCUAGAGUACUUGGUUUGACUGCUUCAAUUUUGAACAACAAGUGUAAACCUAAUCAGUUAGAAAGCAAAAUAAGAAAUUUAGAGCUGACCUUAAGAAGUAAAGCAGAAACAGCAAGUGACCUUACCUACCUGACUAAAUAUGGAAACAAACCAAAAGAGGAUGUUGUAGUUUACAAACCAUUGCAUUUUUCACAAGACAAUGAAAUGCUUGGACUACUGGAAUGUGCCUUGUCCUUUAUUGUUGGUACAAAUAUUAGUGUUAAAAGUGAGUUUGCUGACUUUCCACAUCCUUGUCAUAUGCCUAAACAGUAUUUAAAUGAAAUUUGUAAUGUGAUUAUGAAUCUAGGACCCUGGUGUGGAAAAAAGGCUGCAGAAAUAUAUAUUGCUGAAAUGGAUUGCAAAAUUGAACAGUUAUACUCGGACGACCAUCGUAAUUUCUUAAUAAUGACCAGAACUGUGCUUGAAGUAGUUUCUCGUCAAUGUGAAGAUCUGUGCAUUGGGAGUGAUGGAAAGAAAUUGGAUGUCUUAGAGAAUGCACCUCAUAAGUUGAGAAAACUUUUAGAGAUCUUGUCCAAGUACAGAAUUACUUCAAAGGUAGAUUGUGACAGUGACAGAACUAACAACAUUUCUGGUUUGGAAACUGUUAAAAUGUCAACUGAUGAGCCUGACUACCUUUGUGGAAUUAUUUUUGUUAGACAGCGUAGUACUGCUCAUUUACUUAGCAUGUGGCUGACAGAGGUGAGCAGAUCGUAUCCCGAGUACAGCUUUAUAGUUCCCGAUUUUGUAGCUGGUCAUAACUCAGCAAACACAGAUAAAAUUUGCAAAGACACAUCCAUGGCUGUUUGCCAUCAGGGAGAAAUCCUGAAAAGGUUCAGAGAUCGUGAGUGUAAUCUCCUCGUGGCAACAGCUGUGAUUGAAGAAGGGAUGGAUGUGCCUAAAUGCAACUUGGUUGUGAGAUUUGAUGAGCCCCCAGAUUAUCGUUCGUAUGUGCAGUCAAAAGGUCGUGCAAGAGCACCCAAUUCUUCGUUUAAACUCAUGGUGUCGACUCAACAGAAGAAUAAGUUUUUAGAGACACUUCGUGAUUUUCAUAUUAUUGAACAGCUUGUACUGAGUAAAUGCCAUGGAAGAGAAUGUCCUGAUGAUGAAGAGAUUGAUGAACAGAUUAUCAACAAAAUUAAAGAGCCAUACAUGCCUGUGAAAAAAGAAGGAGCAGCACGUGUAACCUUGAGUUCGGCCAUUUCUCUUGUCAACAGAUAUUGUGCAAAAUUACCGAGUGACACUUUUACUCGGCUAACUCCAGAGUGUCAAAUAGUGGAUGUAAGUGCUGAUGACAAGAGCCCAGGAAACAAGCAGAAUUACUACCAAGCUACAAUUUACCUUCCAAUUAACUCUCCAUUAAAGGAACCGACUAUAGGAGACAAAAUGCAAAGCAAACACUUAGCAAAGAUGGCUGCAGCCUUAGAAACAUGCAGGAGACUCCAUGAAAUUGGAGAACUUGAUGACAACCUUCUUCCUGUUGGCAAGGAGGCCAUAAAAUUUGAUGAACUUCUAGAAGAAGAUGAAGAACAUGUUUCUCCUGGCUCAGCAAGGCCAGGCACAACAAAAAGAAGACAGUUCUAUUAUAAAAAGAUAGCAGAUGUGCUACGGAAGAGCUACCCAGUUCCUGGGGUAAGCUGUAUUCUCUACAGAUUCAGGAUGAAACUGACUUGUCCAAUUCCAGAGCAGCAGAACACCAGAGGACGAAACAUUCCUGACCCUGCAGAUACAAGUCGAGGGUUUGGAAUCUUGACCACUAAAGAGAUACCUUCUAUAUGCAGUUUUCCAGUUUUCACACGAUCAGGAGAAGUUCUUGUAGAACUGGAGUGCAUUAACUCGGAUUUAAAGUUUUCAGAAGAAGAACUGGAUAAUUUAGCUUUCUUCCACAAUUAUACGUUUUCCAAUGUUCUUCGUCUUGACAAGUAUCCCAUGGUGUUUCAACCUAAGGAAGCCGAUGCUUCGUUUUACAUCAUCCCAGUGAACAAAGAAAGUGAUGAAGUUUUUGGUGUGGACUGGGAGUUUGUGGAGAUAAUUAACAAGCAAAAGGGUGUUGUUCCACAUAAGAUAUUGGAAGAAGAAAGAAGAAACUAUAAAUUUAGAACAGAAGACUACAGAGAUGCAGUUGUUAUGCCUUGGUACAGAAACCUGGACAAACCACAGUUCUUCUACGUUGCCGAAAUUUGUCAGGAGUUGACCCCACAGAGUGAUUUCCCCGAUGCUGAAUUUGAAACCUUUGAAAAAUAUUACAACAAGAAGUAUGACAUCAAAAUAAUGAAUCUUGACCAACCGCUACUUGAUGUGGACCAUACUUCUGCUCGGUUGAACUUUCUUACACCUCGGUAUUUAAACAGAAAAGGACAUUCACUUCCUACUAGCAGUGAGCAGACAAAGAAAGCAAAGCGUGAGAAUCUACAGCAGAAGCAGAUAUUGAUUCCGGAGCUAUGUAUAGUACAUCCUUUCCCAGCAUCACUUUGGAGGAAAGCCGUUUGUCUGCCCUGUAUCCUUUAUCGUGUUAAUUCCUUACUGCUUGCUGAACAGCUUAGGGUAAGGGUAGCUAAAGAAAUUGGUGUGGGAUCAUGUAAUUUUCCAGAUGGAUUCAGGUGGCCAACUCUCGAUUUUGGAUGGCUUAUCCCCAAGUCAUCAGAAACUGAGAAAGCUUUAACCCCGGAACGUGGAACUAGGAACGAACAAAUUAAUAAAGGCUCUGAUCAUAUAGAUCCAAAUCUGAUAACCGACUCCUCUGAUGACAGAGUUUCAUCUUCUAAGUUGGAAGAUGGUGAUUUUGUUAUUGAUCACUUUGACCCCAGUCAAGUGCACAUUCCAGAUGAUGAUGAUUUAGCUGAACAAGAAAUGCUAUCCCUCAACAUGGGAAAUGUAAACUUUAUUGGAGACUGGGCCCCUAUAAAACCAUCUGAUGAAGAAAUAACAGAAGAUGGAUCAUACAGAAUUCGUUAUGGUUCCCCCAGCACUUUUGAAGGAUCCGCCUGGGAUGCGGAGUGGGAUACAGAAAUAGAAGAAGGAGAAGUAACUUACCUAAAUAUUCCUGGCUUGGGCAGGAUUUCAGCUCCUGGCAUGUUUAACUUGAAAGGAUUAUCAUGUGAUUUGGAAUCAUGUCGAGAAAACGAACUUUGGGACAGCAUGGAUGAAGACUCUUUGUUUGAUGAAUCUGAAGUAGACAUAUUGGAAGGUAAUGAAAGAAUGGAAGGUUUUUCAUCCUCUGAAAAAGUUUAUUCUGAUUAUACUAAUACUUCUAAGUCUUCAGAUAGUGCUUGGCAGUUACUACAGAACAAGUCAGAUUCCUUGUUUGUAAACUGGGAGAUAGAGGAGGCUCAACCAGAAGAAGAAAUGGAAGAGGAGGAGGAGGAAGAGCUAGAAUCCAAAAAUCAAGAUAUUACUUUCGAACUAAUUGAAAGGAAAGAAGAAUUAUCUGUUCUUGAAGAUCUUGACAUGAACGAAGAAAUCAGUUUGACUGACAAAUUUGGCAAGCUUUACAAAAUGAUAAAUCAAGCUUUGGUGGAAGGAGAUGCUGAAAAAUUUAACAGAAAACCUCCAGAAAAGGAAAUACCAUCAUUAUCCUUCAAGAUCAGCGAAUACAGUAGUCCUAGUGUGACUCAGAAUACCAAUCAAAACCUGCCGUUUGGUGAGUUGUUACCUGAUCGAGAAAAUCGUGCAGUUCAAGAAGCAAACGUAUUCCGUGUCCACUUUGAUGAAGACUUGCAAAAUCAUCCAGGGCCCAGUCCAAGCAUCAUUUUGCAGGGUUUAACCAUGUCAAAUGCAAAUGAUGGGAUUAAUUUGGAACGGUUGGAAACUGUUGGCGAUUCCUUCUUAAAAUAUGCAAUAACUGCAUAUUUAUUCUGUAGGUAUCCAAAUAUUCACGAAGGAAAACUUUCCUUUCUGAGAAGUAAACAAAUUAGCAACCUGAACUUGUACAGAUUGGGAAAACGAAAAGAUUUGGGGGAGUUAAUGAUUGCCACUAAAUUUGAACCCAAUGACAAUUGGUUGUCACCUUGCUAUAGUGUGCCGAAGGGACUAGAAAAAGCAUUAAUCGAUGCAGGCAUGAUGACAGGAAAUCUGAAUAUAGCAACCCUGAAAGAUCUUACUCAGAUGACCGAAGAGCAGAUAUGUGAAAGUGUUCUUGAAAACAAGAAAACUUUUGAGAACACCACAACUGUCCCAUCAGAUGUCGAAGAUUACAUUCCCUACAACUUGCUUACUCAGCAGAGCAUUCCAGACAAGAGUAUUGCUGAUGGAGUAGAAGCACUAAUUGGUGCAUAUCUCGUGUCGUGCGGGCCUCGAGCAGCACUUCUUUUCAUGUCCUGGCUUGGUCUCAGAGUGCUUCCAGAGCUUCCGAAAGAUGAAGAUGAUGUGAGUUCCAUCCCAAAGUAUGGAAUACUGAAACCUCCAGAAUCACCUCUUCUUACUCAUGUUCCAGGGAAGGAUGAGAAAUUGCGAGUAUUGGCAGAUGGUUAUGAUGUGUUUGAAGAAAAGAUUGGAUAUGUCUUUAAAGAUAAGUCUUACCUCUUACAAGCUUUCACCCAUGCCUCAUACCAUUACAAUAAACUUACUGACUGUUACCAGAGGUUAGAGUUUUUGGGAGAUGCCGUUCUUGACUAUCUUAUUACCCGACACUUGUACGAAGAUCAGCAGAAACAUACUCCUGGAACUCUGACGGAUCUUCGAUCUGCCCUAGUGAACAACACUUUCUUUGCUUCUUUAGCAGUGAAGUAUGACUUUCAUAAGUACUUCAAGUCUAUAUCCCAUGGGUUGUUUUCUGUCAUUGCGAAGUUUGUGGAGUUGAAAAAGAAUCGUACAGGAUUUGAAUAUUACAAUGACUAUUAUCUGGAGGAAGAUGAGUGUGAAGAGGCUGAAGAAGUAGAGGUGCCAAAGGCUUUGGGAGACAUCUUUGAGUCUGUUGCUGGAGCUAUUUACCUUGACAGUGAAAUGUCUCUAGAUACAGUUUGGAAGGUUUACUAUGCAAUGAUGAAACCAGAAAUUGAAUAUUUCAGCACUCAUGUUCCUAAGUCACCCAUUAGAGAACUGUUGGAGUUGGAACCCCAAACAGCUAAGUUUCAACGUGCCGAGACGACUCUGAAGGGAAAAGUCCGUGUGCGAGUGGAAGUGUUUGGAAAAGGAAGUUUUGUGGGCGUGGGACGAAACAAACGUAUUGCAAAGUGUACAGCAGCCAAGCGAGCCUUAAGGGAGCUUAAAAAGAUGAAGAAAAUACAAGAAGAAGGGAGAUGACACUUUUCUGUGCAAUAAAUAUCCAAAAUAAUCUCCAGUUAAAUAUACUUUGAAUAGUUGGUAAUUCUUUCCUCACUGAUGAUGUUUUAUUUUAUACAUUUGUUCUACAGGGCAUGCAAAAUCUUCACGAUGUUCCUUAUGCAGUAGUACAGAGCGUACUUAAUUCUGAAGCUGAUAAAUUCAUUUUCUUUAAAGCAGAUAAAACUUAAUAAAUAUUAAUGAAUUUAGGUGUUAUCAUGCUGUUGUAAUUUUUAAAAGUUAUUUUUCUAUAAUAAUAACCACAGUUAGUUAAUUAUGACAGCAGCUCUUUCUCUGUGUCUUCCCAUUUUGGCAUCCUCUUGGAGUUGUAUGUUUAGAUCAUUUGAUUCUAAUGUAAAAAGAGGUUAGUGCAAUUAUUGUUAUAAUUAACCUCAUCUAAAUUAUAUUACAAGAAUUAGAACAAGUUACAAACACAGUUGAGCCAUGACUAGUGAUUAGUGUGCUAGAUGUGAAUUUGAGGGUCCAUGGUUUGUAUCUCAUUGCCACAAAAUUGUGCUUUGCACUAUAGUGGCUCUGGGUAUAUUAUAAGAGUGACAGUCAAAUCUUACUAUUCGUUUAGAUUAGCAUAAAGUAGUCUAUCAGAAUUUAGUCAUCUAAUGGUAGACUCUUAAUCAUUUCUGGAUGUAUUGGGUUAAAAACAUGAUUCAUUAUGUGGACCUAAGUAAAUUAUCUGUAUAUAAACAAACUGAAGAAUUGAUGGGGAAAAAAAGAUGGCAACGUUUAAUCCAAAACCGCCAUGAUGUUCUUUGCACACAGUGUUUAGAAAUUGGUGCUCUAGAUGUGAUGUAGGAAAUUUUUCUCGGAAAAAUUAUAUGUUGAUGCUCAUAAUCAGUUAAUAUUUCGUGAGCUUGAUGAAACUAGAUUUUUUAUUGAUACGUUUUGCUUGUAUGGUUAAUUAAUAUAGUUUCUGUAACUCGGUGACAAAAGGCUACUUUAACUUACCAUUAUGCAUUCAGCUGAAAAAUAUUUAAUCCUAAAAAUUUUAUGCAUUUAUCUCAAAUUUUAUUUUAGCACUACAAGUUUAGCAUAUUUCAAGCUGUCUUGGAAAGUAAAGAAUGAUUUUAAUAUGAAGAUGUUUUGAAGAAGGAAUAAAUUUAUUUAUUAACAACUAAUUAGAAUAUUUAUUUUGACUUUAAACAUUACUGUACACAAGUUUGGUUUUGGAAAGACUUGUUUUUAUUCCAGUUUAAGAUGCUUAUGAUCUGUAAAGUAUUGAUAAACUUAAAACAAGAUAUUUUAUAUACUUAGAGUUGCUCGUAAUGUAGUUUUGUGUUAGGUGUUUAAAAAAAACGAGAAAACAGUAGCCCAUCAGGAUGUAAACACAUGUUGAACUUUCUUAGACCUAACAAGUGUUGUGUGAAAAAAAUGUUUCAUGUUAAACUUUCUUAGACCUAACAAGUGUUGUGUGAAAGGAAUAUUUCAUGUUAAACUUUCUUAGACCUAACAAGUGUUGUGUGAAAGGAAUAUUUCAUGUUAAACUUUCUUAGACCUAACAAGUGUGGUGUGAAAGGAAUAUUUCAUGUUAAACUUUCUUAGACCUAACAAGUGUGGUGUGAAAGGAAUAUUUCAUGUUAAACUUUCUUAGACCUAACAAGUGUGGUGUGAAAGGAAUAUUUAUUAAAGUAGAAUGUGAUACUAUUCAAAGCCAUAGCUUGUUGUGCUCCAACAUGUUUUUUGGUUGAUUAUAAUGUCAUUUCUUACAUAUAUGUGGUGAUGAUUUUUCUUCUCUUCUUCGUGCUAGUGAGUGAUGGUCCAGUGUGAUAGACUUGUUAAAUGUAAUUUUGUUGUGUCUUUACAGCUAUUUGGUGUCACCACUUUUAUUAUACAUAUAUUCUGUGAUUUUGUUUUAUGAUUUUUCAGUAAAUGCCAAAACGUUUGCUUUGAAACAUAAGGCAUAGCUAGCAGAGGUCAUAGAUUAAACAUCUGAACAAAGUUAAGACAGAACAAUUAAAUGUGUUUUUACCAAUUCACACCAUGUGCAGAGGUCAUAGAUUAAACAUCUGAACAAAGUUAAGACGGAACAAUUAAAUGUGUUUCUACCAAUUCACACCAUGUGCAGGAGUCGUAGGUUAAACAUCAGGACAAAUUUAAGACGGAACAAUUAAAUGUGCUUUUACCAAUUCACACCAUGUGCAGGAGUCGUAGGUUAAACAUCAGGACAAAGUUAAGACAGAACAAUUAAAUGUGGUUUACCAAUUCGCACCAUGUGCAGGAGUCUUAGAUUAAACAUCAGGACAAAGUUAAGAUAGAACAAUUAAAUGUGUUUUUACCAAUUCACACCAUGUGCAGGAAUCUUAGAUUAAACAUCAGGACAAAGUUAAGACAGAACAAUUAAAUGUGUUUCUACCAAUUCACACCAUGUGCAGGAGUCGUAGGUUAAACAUCAGGACAAAGUUAAGAUAGAACAAUUAAAUGUGUUUUUACCAAAUCGCACCAUGUGCUUGAGUCGUAGGUUAAACAUGAGAACAAAGUUAAGACAAGGGGUUAGAGUUGUUGUUUAAAUCUGUGUAAAUCUUGGUUCAGUGUCAUAACAUAAAUGAUAUGCAUGAUGUACAACGUUUUUUAAAAGAAAUAUAUUUAUUUCCAACGAUUCUUUGUUCUUAAAUUGUUAAUUUUGUCCCAGAGUAAAGCUGAUUAUGUACCUCAACUGUCUAGAUAAAAGAAAAAAAUAUUUGUCAGUUCAGUAGAAUCAACAUUACAUGCCUGGUUUGAGUGAUUUGAAAUUAUGAGUUGUGAUUACCAUAGCAACAUAGUAAUAAAUAGCCACAAUCUGGUUACCAUAACAACAGAGUAAGAAAUGCCCACAAACGAAAACGAUACUGAAUAAAACUCAAAAAUUUGAACGAAUAAUUAUUUAUGUGUUAAUUAUUUUAAGUUGAUGCCUUUAUGUAACUAUUAUGUGAAGCCCACUUUUCUCAUCAGUAAUCGGGUAUGUUUAUUAAAGGGUAGUAUGUAAAUUGUGUAAGUUUCUCUAGCCUCAAAUCGAACAGUUGUGUUAUGUAUGUUCUAUCUUAAGUACCACAAGUUAAGUGUAAAUUGUGUAAGUUUCUCUAGCCUCAAAUCAAACAGUUGUGUUAUGUAUGUUCUAUCUCAAGUACCACAAGUGUAAAUUGUGUAAGUUUCUCUAGCCCCAAAUCAAACAGUUGUGUUAUGUAUGUUCUAUCUUAAGUACCACAAGUUAAGUGUAAAUUGUGUAAGUUUCUCUAACCUCAAAUCGAACAGUUGUGUUAUGUAUGUUCUAUCUUAAGCACCACAAGUUAAGUGUAAAUUGUGUAAGUUUCUCUAGCCUCAAAUCGAACAGUUGUGUUAUGUAUGUUCUAUCUUGAGUACCACAAGUGUAAAUAUGUAUUGUUUAAGCCGGCGAGAUAGAACUGUUUAGAACGUGUGUGAUUGACGAACCUUCUUCUUAGGUUAGAGAAGUCACGUGAGGCUGCUUAGCUUCUAAUAGUAAGCCAGCAGUCACAGUUUGGUGACUUCCUGGCCCGUUGUGAGGUUCUUGGGGGGGGGGGCUUGGAUGUACUUGACCUCUAUAAUCACACCUGUGGUUUUAGUACUGAGGGCAUCUGGUGUACGGUUCUUUAAGUUUCGGAAAUGAAAAGGAAUAGCGGGCACUGUCGAAAGGACAGUGUUAAUAUUCUCAGAUUAAACCCUGACAAGAUCUCAAUUUAUUUUUGGUAUGUUGUAUGAGUUUCUAUACCUUUUAUGGGUUUUACUUGUUUAUUUACCUCUGAUUAGAAACAUUUAUAUGUAAACCCCAAGUUUUAAGAAUACUAUGGACUACUUCACUCCAAAGAUAAGAAAGUCAUGUAAUUCUGUGAGACAUGCAGGGUUCGAAAUUUACCACACAACGCUUGCAUUUCACAAGUAGAAUACUACCCGACACAAGAACCCCCUACGGUUCCACAGAAACUA